AACGGAAAAAAACCAAAACAAAACGCUUUUUCUGCGGCCGAAGUUGGUUCUGCGCUCGUGAAUUUUAAACCCGGAUUUUGUCCGGUAAAAGUGUUGUUGUGUGUUCUUUUCGUGACUAGCGCCUAUCUUGGCCGGUUGGUUGGUGCGGUUCGUCAAUGCCCAGAGUUGAAAAAGUGAUGCGGACCGAUACAGCCAACAGCAGUACGGCGGCGGCGGCCGGCGCCGGUCAAUCGUCGGAUUCGAGCUCCCUGGUGGACGUGGACACGUAUCGGCGGAUCAUGAAGAGCUUUAUGGAUAUGCGUCGCUACCAGACGGCCCUGUUUUGGGCGGAAAAGGUAACCGUGAUGAGUAACAAUGACCCGCGGGACGUGUACUGGCAGGCCCAGUGUAUGUUCCUGCUGCGGGAGUACCACCGGGCGGCGUACGUCAUCCGGAGUCGGGGUCUGGACAAGCGCAAUCUGCUGUGUCACUACUUGGCCGCGGAGUGCCUGGCCGAGGCGAAAGAGUACCAAGAAGCGCUGGACGUGCUGAACGGGGUCAGCUGUGAAACGUUGGCGAAUAAUAUGGCUGGUCCGGGUUUGGGGCGGAACGAGUCCGUUGAGGGCGUGGCCGUUUUCGAUGAGCCCAACAAGUGUGACGUGCUGGCGUCGAUUUACUUUCUCAAGGGCAAGAUUCUCGAGGCCAUGGACAAUCGCAUCCUGGCGAUGGACUGUUACGUGCAGGCCCUGCACAAGUCCGUGUACUGUUCUGAAGCGUUGGACGCCCUGGUCCAGCACGAAAUGUUGAUGGCCUGGGAGGAGAAGGAACUGAUGCAGCACAUUCCGAUGGACCAGCAGUGCACGGAACCGGAGCGGAAAAUUUUAAAAGUUCUCUACGAGAGCAAGCUGAAAAAGUAUUACGAAUCGAUCGCCCCCCAAACCAACAUCGAACAGACCCCGGUCGGAUCAAUGAGCACAAAUCUGCUCCACGAGCUCACGGAAAAGAUGAAAAACAGCAAAAACAUCGAAAGCAACAAGGCUGCCGCUGCGGCAUCUUCCCUGCCGAAAUGCUUCACCACCCCGGUCCCGAACAAGAUCAUGUCUCCGGCGAACAAAAUCCUCGACGAAAUCCGGAACACGCCGUCCUACCUGAUUCAAUCGUCCCUGUCGCGCGUUUCCGUGCUGGGAUCCGGCGGAGGAACCGCGUCCAAGCAGGAAACGCCCUACCGGAUCAGUCGGCCGCCGGUCAGCGUGCAGAGUCCGUCGGCGAUUGCGAUCGGGAACUGUUUCGACCGGCUGGACGGUUGCGUGGAUCUGGUGGUGUCCAAGGCGGAAAAGUUCUUCUACAACUGCGACUACAAAAAGUGCAUGAAGGUCAUCGACGAAAUCCUGAAGCGUGACCCGUACCACAAGCGCAGCCUGACGGUCCAGAUCGGUUGCCUGAUGGAGAUGAAGGACUUUAACAAGCUGUUCUACGUGGCCCACAAGCUGGUGGACUUUUACCCGGACGACGCCAUCUCGUGGUACGCCGUGGGUUGCUACUACGACCUGAUUGGCAAAAGUGACCCCGCCCGGCGGUACCUGUCGAAGGCGACCACGCUGGACCGGUUGUACGGGCCGGCAUGGCUCGCGUACGGGCAUUCCUUUGCCAAGGAGAACGAACACGACCAGGCCAUGGCGGCGUACUUCAAAGCAACGCAGCUGAUGCGCGGGUGUCACCUGCCCCUGCUGUACAUUGGGGUGGAGUGUGGGCUGACGAAGAACCUGGAGAUGGCGGAGAAGUUCUUCUACCAGGCGAUGUCGAUUGCGCCGUUGGACGUUUACGUGCUGCACGAGUUGGGGGUGAUCAAGUUUGAGUACGAGCUGUACGAGAGUGCGGAGGAGGUGUUCCGGACGACGCUGGACAUGGUGCAGAGUAUGGCCAAGGCGAACGGGGAGCCCAUUUCGGCGCGGUGGGAACCGUUGCUGAACAAUUUGGGGCACUGCUGUCGGAAGAAUAAAAAGUUCGAGGAAGCGCUGGAGUUUCACCGGAGGGCGUUGUUCUUGAAGCCGCUGAGUGGGGCCACGUACACGGCGAUCGGGUUCGUGCAGGCGUUGAUGGGACGGUUGGACGAUGCGGUGGAGUCGUUCCACAAGUCGCUCUCGCUGAAGCGGGACGACGUGUUUACGACCACGAUCUUGAAGUACGUCAUUGAAGACUUGGCCGAGGAGGCUCCGCUGCCGUUUUACGCCGACGGUGAGGAUGACAUCGAGCUUGGUGGGAAGGAGGACGACAGUGAAGAGACUCGGGAUGAUGAGAUGGGCGGUAAGGCAGGUGGCGUGGGAGAUUCGGGGGUGGCGGGAACGCCGGGAACUGGUACGGAUGGGGCGCCGCCACGGUUAAAGCUCAAGUUUGACGAGUACGACUCGAACGCUUCGCCGGUAAGUGACACAAGCGCGGACGAUAUGAGUAUGGAUCUGUGAGAUUGCUAAUUUAGGCUACUUUUUUUUUCUAUUAAUUGCGAAAUGUGUUUCAUUGAAGUUUGAAAAAAUACACUGUUUUAUUGGUAA